UAGUUUAAACAGACAAACAAACAGUGUGAGAAGGAGCCUGGACGGAGGAAUGCACGGUGCUGCUCCGCCCAGGACCGCGGACCCUCAGCCGCGGGACACACAGGCCAGGGACCCGGAGGAGGGACGCUAAGUGCCAGGAGCCCGUGUGGACGGCCGGCCAGGCCCUUCUCCCUCGCCGUCUCUGCUUUAUCACCUCAUUCCUCAGCUGGGAGCAGCUGGGAGACUUGGAAUUUGUUUUCAAAUGUAUCAAGGAGACAAAUGGACACAAAGCUGUGCAGACUCUGGCUCACCCUGCAGAUCCAGCUGCGAAGGAGGUGGGAGAGGCUGGAAGGAGGAUCCUCCUCCGGGAGUGACUGGGGCCACUGUAAGACUGCGUCAGCACAGUUCCCCGCAGCGUGCACGUGUGCACACGCACAUGCAUGCACAUGCUAUUUUUGGAUAUGAACUUAUUUUCCAUAGGAAGCAUUUGGAAGGAGGAGAUCUGCCAUUGAAGGUGGCUGUUUACAGACGCAGGUCAGCUCUCUUCCACUGGGUCCUGGGGUUGCAUACAGGGAGCGCAGGCAUGAUCUCUAGGAUCCAUAGGCAACACAUUCAUGAACGCCUCGGAACAGGCACAGCCCGUCCUCUGGCCUGCUGUGGUGGGUCCCGUCCCGCCUCUGGAUCCCCCGUUCUGGACGUCCCUGUCCCCGGUCAGGCACUGUGGCCCAUGCAUCUGGCUCUCACUGAGUGUGAGGUCCUCAGGUCCAGCCACGCUGCAGCUGUCACUGCACUCCUGCCCUGGCCAAGGACGCUGCAGGUGUGCGUGGCCAGGCUGUGGGUCCGUCCUGCAGUGGUUGGCCCUUCGGGUUGCCUCUGUGUUCUGAUGCCUGUGACGAGCGUGGCUGUCGGCUUCUGCGUGCCACUUCUGAGUUGGGUGUGUGUUCUAGACCCGGGCGUCUGCCUGGGAUUGGGCUUGCUGGACCUGUGCAGACUGCGUCACACCUUUGUUGGAGCCGCCAGCCAGUGUCCAGCAGCGGUGCCCGUGAGGCUUGCGACCCCUGCAUGCUGCUGCCGGCUCUCCCCAGGGACACCUUUGGCUCACAGUCACCCCAGUGCACGUGAGUGUCUCCCUGUGGCUUUGGUGCUGGGGACUGAGCAAGAGGGCUCUUCCCCUGGACUGUAGCUCAGUCCUGUGCACUGUGGCUGGGGGUACCUUCUUGCUGUGUUGUCCAGGGUGGCAGGCUGGCCCCUACAUGUGGUCUACAGAAAUGGCUGGCUCUGCCACACUCCUUCCCUUCUCUCUCCCUCUGUCCCCACCUCUGGGGUAGCUAUGAGCAGAGGCCUCAGCCCUGGCCAGUGCAGGAAGGGCCUCAGGACCCCCUUCAGCUGAGACCUGACAGCCCCCAGGCCUCGUCCUUCGGAAACUGUGCUGCUGGCCUCUGGGCCUGUGGGCAGGAGCUCCCUGCCCCUCCUGCUCUGACACAGCCCCAGGUGGGCAGCCACACUGUGGCCACCUGAGCCGGGGCCUGAGGCCCAGGCCGAGUGUCCAUUACCUGCUUUAACUAUUGAUGAUGGCAGCAGUCACCACUGAGAGCCACUGUCUUCGGUUUCCUGUAUCACCUGUGACGAAACUGGGAGGUGUCCACUCAUCCUGCCCUGGACCCCAUGGAUCGGCUGGGGCCUCCUGGGGCUGCAUACCUUCUACACCAGACUCCUCCAGAAUUUGCUUAAUCGGGCCCCAAACCAGGGGCACAAUUUCAGGGGAUGCUGGGGCUUUUAAUGGGACUCCCCUGGACACCAUGGACGUGGGACGGGGUCAUUCUGCAGUGGUGUCUUGGGCUGCAGGGAGCUAGGGCAGCAUCCCUGGCCUCUACCCACCUAUGCCAGGAGCUCCCCCAGUCCAGACAGCCACCACUGUCUCCAGCAUGACCAGGGGCCCAGGCAGCCGCUGCGUGGAGAGGUCUCCAAUUUCCCCUGUGGCUCGCUCUCCUACCCAGGGCCUCGUUCCUGUCCAUCAUAAAGUCAAGGUCUGCAGCUGAGCGGACAGAGUCCAGUCAGGGCCAGGAGGGCUUUCCAUGGACGGGCCAGGUGGGUCUCCUUGUGCAGCUGGGGCUGUUGUGGCAGCAUCUCCCUCCCCAAUAGCCCCGGCAGAUGACCCUGGGGACGCACAGCAAGCAGAUGGCCACAGAUCACUUACACAGGCUCACGUUCCCUGCCCACACGGGGACACCUCCCUUUAAUAAAUUUUGCAGGGCCGCGGAGGCAAGCUGGCAGGCGGGCUCCCGUCUUCCCGCCCUGCUCCACUGGCCUGGCCUGGGAGCCCCAUGCCCUGGGUUCUUGCCCGCCGCACUAGCCAGCUUCCACAGCAACAGCUUCACUGUCCUGGAGGGCAGGGGACAGAGGCAGGCUGUGCCAGCCCAGGCUUCAGGAGGCUCCGUGCCCCUGGAGGGAGCCACGUUCCAGGCUCAACUCCCUGGGGUCUGCCCGCGACCCCUUGCUGGGGCACAGUCUCACGUGGCCACCUAGCACCUGGCCAACCUGCCUACGUUGCAGACGUGAGUCCAAAAGUUGGGUCCCUCUUGCACCUGGCCUGGCUCCCGAAGUGACCAAUCCUCUUUCUUGUUCACUCCUUCCUCCUGGGGGACUUGAUGGUGUCCCAGCCCUUCCUGAGGUCUGUGUCCUGUGCGGCUGCCUGUGGAGGCCCCCCCUGCGUGUUUUCAUCAUCUGGCCUCCUGAGAGGCCCAGGCAUCCUGCACUGCCCGCAGGCCCAGCACACCCCUUGAAAACCAUGGCAGGUCACGUCUGGCAUUUCCUCCAAGGGCCACACCUGGAAUUAACACAGGGCCCAGCAGGUCCGUCCCCAGGGCUCUUGGUAACAUCAGCUCCACCCGGGAGUGAGGCCUCGUUUGGAAACAGUCUUUACAGAGUCCAUCAAGGCCAGCGCGGGCCCGGGUCCACUACGACGCGUGUCCUUACUGAAGGAGGGAAGCAGGAUGCAGACCAAGCUCCGCAGAGGGGAGAAGCAUCCAGACCGCGAAGCUGCCAGGUCCCAGCCGGACCCCUCGGCCCCGAGCGCCGGCCCUUCACAGCCUGGCCUUGGGCCUCUGGCUCCAGAGCCGAGGGAGAAUGGGCAUCGGGUCUUUAGGCCAAUGAGUCCCUUCUUCCUUUUUAGUGCUGGGGAUUGACCCCAGGGGUGCGCCAUCCCUGAGCCACACCCCAGCAAGGUCUCCCCAAGGCGCUGAGGCUGGCCUCGAAUUUGCUGUCUGCCUGCCUCCCAACUCCCAGGUUGCUGGGGUGACAGGCGUGGCCCCCAUGCCCGCCGCAGGGAGACGCUGGUGACCGCCGCCCUGGCAGAGCUGCGACCUCAGCCCGGCAGGAGCGAGGUGAUGCAGCUGGGGACCCCAUGCCAGUGAGAGGCAGACACAAGGCCACAGUGUGACCAGUGUCGGAGACGUCCAGGACGGCAGAGUCCAGAGAGGGACGUGGACCUGUGGGUGCAGGGCUUGAGGCGGGCUGCCCGGGGACAGGCUCCUCCUGGAGGCUCGGACUUUGCUUGAACGGGCCGUGCUGACGGCAGCGAGCGUGGAGAGCCAGCAACCUGUCAGGCUGCAGUCCCUCGCUGACAGCUGCAGUCAGGGCGCCUGGCGUGGGCUCGGCACCGGGCCGGGUGGUUCUGGGGCGUCCCUCUGGCUGCUUGGACUCUGCAGACGCCUGAGCAGAUGGUGCCAGGCGCCGCCCCCGCAGUCUCCCCUCCUGCGCCUCCUUCUGGGUGCCUGCACUCCCCAGGUGUGCCCACCGUGCCUCCGCGGGCGGCUCUGCAGAUGCACACGCCAGGCUUCUCCUGCUGGGGCCGUGCUCAGGGUCCUCCCUGCCCUGCCCAUGCAGCCUCCACGCCCCCGACCAGGUGCUGCCGGCCCAGGACAGGUCCUGGGAGCUCCCCAGAUGCAAGGUGCCGGCCGGGACUGUUCGGGUGCAUGGGGGGGCUCAAGAAAUCACGAG